GCCCUGAACGAGUUGGACGAGGCAAGCUGGUGAAGAGCUUGGGGCAGAAGAAGCGCUCCCGACGUCUUGUGCGACACGGGCUCCUCAUCCUCAAGGACUAUGUUAAAGAGGGCGGCCAUGUCGUGUGGGAAUGGCCACAACACAAUGCUGCUUGGAAGUCCGAUGAGGUGAUCCUUCAUGGCUGCCAGUUUGGGCUGAACGCAGCCGACAGUGGACAUCAUGUGCACUCUGUGGUGGUUGGAACCCCGGAUCUUCGGAAGACGGCCCUUUACACUGCAGAGUUCUGCCGGGCUGUGGCCAAGUGUUUGUUGGAAGCUCCCUUGCCUGGCGUGGUGUUUGGCAUGUCCGACGUGAAUGUUGGCCUCUCCUGCCUGGAGACUAUGACAGAGGGCGAGCUUGAAAGUGACUUUGUUGAAGUUGCACCGGCGCUGUGGACAUCCUGGACGAUGAAAGCUCCUGUGCCACAAGUGUCUCUGGAGAAAGAAGAGGUUCUAUGGCGCACUGUCCAGAUGGAUGCUUUCUACUUCCGACAUGAAGGGCAGGUACACCACUUCAUCCUCUUCAUGGACGAGGCCUCCUCCUUUGCGGUGGUUUCCGAGAUCCUCGCUCAUGACGCCGAGGAGGGCGCCAACAUUAACACCGAAGAGGCGAUUGAUGCCUUGGAGCAGGCUUGGGUCCAGUACUUGGGGUAUUUCCAGAGACUUCGUUGUGACCUGGAGACUGCUUUCGCGGCCGUGGCCUCGAGGACUACACCGCUUGAAGGGGCAUCGACCUCCAACAAGUUCCAGCUGAGCAUCGCGAAAGUACUGGCGAUGUGGAAAGAGGAGAUGAAGGCGAAGGAUAAGAUCUCGCGGGCGCUGAACACCCGAUCGGUUCCUGCGACAAACUUUGUGCCGGGCGACCUCGUGUACUACCAGCGCUACAAGGUUCCUGCAGACCGACCUGCUCAUGAAGUUGUGGACGUGCCACGUCUCCGUGUAUGCCGAUGGUAUGGCCCUGGACGUGUCCUGGCGGUGGAGACGAAGGUCAUGGAGCACGGCACGAUCCGGACCCCAACACGGGUGGUUUGGAUAGUCUGUCAAGGGAGACUGAGGAAGGUGCGUGGCGGUCAACUUCGCCACGCAAGCGAGACCGAGAAAGACAUCGCGAACGCCAACACUGCGCUCACUUUGCCCUGGACGUUUACAACUGUGGUUGGUCUUCUGGAGAAAGGCACUUACGACGACUACACCAACGAGGAGGAGCUGGAGUUGAGCUCGUUCCGUUCCUACCUGCUCUCUGGCAACCACCUCCAGUUCCUAGACCUCCUGGAGAACCUCGUGGUGAAGCUUCUAGUGCUUCUCUACGCCAACCAGCUCCAGUUCCUAGACCUUCUGGAGAACCUCGUGGUGAAGAGCUCGGUGCUGCUAGACUUCCAAAGUCAUCGGAGCGUGGCUGGCUCUUUGCCCCGAGAAGGAGACGCUCGUUUGACUUGUGGAACGAGAACCAUGUACGUGGACAACAGCGAGAUGGCGGACCUUGUGGGUUGGUGCAACGACCUCCACAACGACUUUGCCUUCGGCAUCGAACUGGAUAUGCCAUCGUCGGGACAGGAAUGGAAACAAAUCCUCAAGAACCCGGCAAAGUUCACCGCCAAAAGCCUUCAUAAAGGUGCCGAAGUCUCGUGGGCGAAGCUUUCCGAAAAGCAAAAGAAGGCAAUGGCAGCUGCAAAGAACCUCGAGAUAGAAGCCUGUUUUAAAGAGCUUGUCUGCGAGAAACACAGAGGGGUGGUUCCGGCUUCCCGCCUCAUGAAAAUGAGGUGGGUUUUGACCUUCAAAGGUCUCGAUCAGAGCCCUUCCAAGAUGAAAGCGAAAGCGCGGCAGACGCCAAAAGUGCCUUCUUGCAAGGCUCUCGUUCCGGUCCCGGAGCUUUCUCAAGCCUUAGCGAUCGCUCCAGGGCAGGCCGUGCGAGUCAAGGCGGACUACUGCCUGCAGCUGAAGCAGAUCGAUAUUGAGGAUCAGCCUGCCAUUACUGAUGGCGAAAGAGCCCAGGCCAGGGCGUUGCUGGGCGCCGUACAAUGGCGCGUUCAGCAAACCGCUCCCCAGCAUGCUGCGAAGCUCUCGUGGCUCCAGUCAGCCCUUCCGCAAGGAGGAAAGGAUGUCUUGCGUGGCGUCAACAAGCUGUGUCGAGAAGUCUUUGCCCAACGAGAGGUGUCCGUCUCUGUGCAGAACCUGGAGCCCCAGUCCCUUCACGAGCUGGUGAUGGUGGCGUGGACCGACGCGGCGGUCGCCCGUGAACGUGGUUGCCUGGCGUUCUGCAAAGCUGCCGAGUCGCCCGGAGCUCCCUUUCGGUGUGUCGCCUGCAGUGGGCUGAGCUUCUUGGACACUAACCUGACCUUCGAGUUCCUUGGCG